AUGACGAUAACUAUUAUCGUCGUCUUCAUCAUCUGCUGGACUUCUUAUUACGUAAUGAGUGUUUGGUACUGCAUCGAUCCAUCGUCAGCUCGAGAAAUCGACGAGCGCAUUCAGAGGGCUCUCUUCUUUUUCGCGUGCACCAAUUCGAAUAUGAAUCCCAUUGUCUACGGCAUUUUCAACUUACGACAGAGAAACAAAAAAGGACUGCUCUUUAGUUAUCCAGAAUUUCUCGAAGAGGCGAGAACGCACAGAUACGCUCACGACAUACGCUUUCAAUCUUGUUUGAUUACCAGUUUGCACUUUCUUUUGCAAGAUAUAUACUUCAAUGCAUUGAAUAUAACUAUACAGAAGAUGAUACUAACUACACAGAUGCUUACUGUUCUCGGAACUAUAUGCCUCUUAUGUGUCAACGAAAUUACUUCUUCUGUUCAUGAGAAUUUUUCUCCGCACUGUAUAGAACCGAGGGAAUAUAUUCUGAAUGUUUCUGCGGAAAUACAACAAAAUUCUCUGAUUGUUGAUUCUCUUGUUAAACUGAACGUUCAGUGUUCACUGCAAAACAUAAAAGUUUAUUUCGGACGUUACUGCAAACAACCAAAACUUAACAUCAUGACUAAUGUUUGUUCUAAAUUUUCAUCUUUAUUUUGGGAAACAGAAGUUUUGCCAUUUUUUUCGGAAGAUCGAUUCAAAAGCUUGAACAUCAGCUUUAUUAAACAUAAUAUCCAACACUUUAGAAUACAACAACGAAUAGUAAAUGUAGAACAUGGACUGUGGAUAUCAGCAAAAUAUAAUUGCAGUUUAGAUAAAGUUAUGAAAAUUUAUCCAUUUAUUGAUGAAACUAAAAUAGAAAAAUAUUUGAUAUUACCGCGUAUUUCCGCUGACUGGAUAUUUCCAUGUUGGGAAAAUCUCGCAACUAAAGCCACAUUUACUAUUCGCAUCAAGCAUACCAGUAGUGAAACAGCUCUUUCAAAUAUACGUGAUAAACAAGUGGAAACAUCUCAAGUUUAUACAUAUACUUUAUUCCGUACACCUUUAAUAUCCACUCGUGCCGUAGCAACAGUAGUCGUACCUUCUGAAUAUACCAACUUUCCCUUCAUGUCAGAUACACUUAGCAUACACAGCAGAGUACAAGUGGAAAACGACAUUUCAUACGCACAACUUCUUAUACGUCAUAUUACGUUUUUUAUUAGACUCAAGAGAAGGGAUGUUACACCAAUCUCACACGUGCAGUAUAUAGCACUUUCAACAUACUACAGCUACGAAACUAUAAUAACUACUGGACUUGUCCUUUUCAGAGAGGCUGAUAUUGCAUACAAUAAAGAAAUUGAUUCGUUUAGAAGAAAACUAGAAGUAACAUGUUUGGUUGCACGCAGUGUGAUACAAGAAGCGUUCAGUAAUUGGUUAAUUACACCUAAACAGUCUGAUUCUUGGUUUAUCGAAGGAUUUUUGACAUUUUACGGAGUUUAUCUAGUCGAUCAGUCAAAUAUGAUUUUAUGCGAUCGCGUAAUAUCAGAUCCAAAAUUUGGCGCGAUCUGA